GGCAGGCGAUGGCGAUGGCGGCGGAGCGAUCGCUUUCCGCCGUGGCGGCCGCGCCGGGGGCCCGCCUGGAGAGCGUGCGGGCACUGGCGGGGCUGUUCCGGGAGGCGCAGCACAGAGAAAUGGCAAAAGAAACUGUAUUUCAGGAUCUCCUGGAAAUCCUGAGGAACACCUCAAGUGAGAUUGAGCAGGCCUACAAGGACUCCUGUGAAUUGGUAGAUCUAGAUACCUGCCUGCUGCUUAUAGCAGAGUGUUUCAGAUGUCUGCGGAAUGCCUGUGUUGAGUGUGCCAAGAAUCAACAUGUCAUGAGGAACCUGGGUCUCAUCUCUACAUCUGUCCAUUUGAUCAAAUUGCUUCAUGGAAUACAAAGCAAAGAAGAAUUGUUAUUGACUGCUCUUCGUUGUAGCCUCCAGUUUCUUGGAAACAUUGCAGCAGGAAAUGGAGAUUCCCAGAAUAGCAUUUGGAAGUGUGCUUUCCCAGAUCUCUUCUUGACAUGCCUAACGUACAGUGAUAAGAAAAUUGUUGCCUAUUGUUGUAUGGUCCUGUUCACCUGCCUUAAUUCAGAGAAGGUGAGAGAACUACUGGAUCCUGGGAACUUGACUGUGGCUCUUCAUGUCCUGAAAGUCUACAAAGAGCAGUUGGAGUCUGAGUGGUCGCUCUUGAUUGUUACAGACUAUUUGCUGAAAUGUCCAGAGUUGGUAGAAGCCCUCUAUGCCAAACUGAGCAAUCAAGAAAGGGUUACUUUGUUAGAGCUGAUGAUGGUGAAUGUACGUGAGAAGAACCUACAUACCAGUGAAGAAAUGAAUGUGUUCAUGAGACAUGCUGACUUCCUUGCAGGCUGUUUCCAAGAGAAAUAUGAAGCUGUGCUCAAGUUAACUUCUGCAGAAGAUGCAGAUGAUGAGGAAGCACUGGUUGCAAUUCGUCUUCUUGAUGUUCUUUGUGAAAUGACAUCGAGCAAUGGACAGCUAGAAUAUCUACAGACUUUGCCUGGUUUGCUUGAAACAGCCAUAGAUACCCUGAGAUUAACUCAUCUUGCUGGGAAACAGACUGUAAACGUAUUUACUGCCACACAUGCUAUGACAGGGCAGGAAGAAGUUUUGCAUCCAGCUGUGGAUUUUAAAUCUCAUCUCAUUCGUUUGAUUGGAAAUUUGUGUUACAAAAAUAAGGAAAACCAAGACAAGGUUUAUGAGUUAGAUGGCAUCUCCUUGAUCCUGGACAACUGCAGCAUUGAUGACAACAAUCCUUUUGUGAACCCAUGGGCAGUAUACGCUAUCCGAAAUCUCACUGAACAGAAUGAGAGAAACCAAGAGCUUAUUGCGCAGAUGGAGCAGAAGGGGCUGGCAGACAAUUCUGCCCUUGAGAGUAUGGGCUUAGAGAUAGAGAAACGAGAUGACAAGUUAAUUCUGAGAUCUGUCAGGAAGAAACCUUCAUGAACAAAAAAUUAAGAACAGUCAAAUCAUUAAAAGCAGAUUUCUGUUUAAAAAUACUUUUCCCUGCUCAGGCAAUCAAGAUUUCUUCAGUUUUAGUUCCAGUCUGCUGGAACUGUUACAUUCAUACUCAGGAAAGCCGCCAAAUGGUACUUCUGCCUCACUGUUGUAAACAAAAGGACACCUACACGUUUUCUGAAUACCUAGAUAAAUUAACGUGUGGAAAAAGACCUUUCUUUUCAGAUGGUUGAAAUUUCAUUACUUUCUUGUUCCAUUAGUAGAAAGAUCACAUGUGUGCACUAGUGAGUUGUUAAAAUUUCCAUUGCUGAAUCUGGAGAUAACUAUCAUUAAAAACUCAGGAAAUAAAUAAGUGCUUUGCAGUCUGCCUUCUCCAUGUAAAAGGUCUGUGCUGAGUCAGGGCUAAACAAUGGAAGUUACUUGUUUUCAGUCAUGGUGCUUAAGUAUCUCUUCUUACAUAAGGUUUGGUGGAACAUUGGAUGUACAUAAAUAUUUAGCGAAUUAAAGAUAACCUGUCUUCUGUGUAUUUAAA